CCCGGCCUUGCCUUGGCAGACUACCCCGGGCGGCGGGGCGCGGGGGGCGCGCUCAAGGGCCACGCCAACGGCAGCGUGGAUCCUCUUAUCGCCCAGACGAGGCUCGUGGCCUACGGCGUCAUCGCUCCCGUCGUCAUCACGGUCGGGAUGGUGGGCAACAUCCUGACGAUCCUGCUGCUGAGGAAGCCCCAGUUCAGAGGCGUGACCUACACGUACUUCCUGGCCCUGGCCGUCAGCGACCUGCUGUCCCUCUUCUUCUCCAUCUCCCUCAUGGUCCACCUCGUGCAGGUGGCGACGCGCGCGUACUCGACGGCCGUGUGGUACUCGUACUUCGAGAUCCUUUUCGUCAACGCCCCGAUGAGCGCGUCGGUGCUGAUCGUCGUGUGCGUGACCGUGGACCGGUUCUUCUCCGUGUGCCGCCCGCAGGACUUCAAAGGCAUCCACACGAUGCGCCAUGCCAGGAAGGGCAUCGCCGGUGCCGUCGUCGUGGCCUUCCUCAUGUGGCUGCCCACGUGCAUGAUCAAGCAGCCCCUUAAGCACGACGCCUGCAACACCACGUUCUUCGAGCCGCCCGACAACGGCACGUGGUGGGUGGCGUGCAUGAUGCCCACCCUCGAACAGCCCUGGUACGUGGGCUACCUCUGGACCAGGCAGACCGUGGUGGCCUUCGCGCCCAUCGUCGCCUUGGUGGUGAUGAACGUCCUCAUCGUGAAGGAGUACAUCCAGAUCAGGGACAGACGGCGCGAACUGGACGGCGACUCGUCCAGGGAUCCGGCGGCCGCCGAAGGAAGGCGGAAGGACGAUAAGAACCUGAUAAACCUUCUGCGAGCCGUCAUCAUCUCGUUCUUCGUGACGCUGGUGCCUGCGGGCGUCUUCAACUCCAUGUACAGCGAAACGCUUUCAACGGAGCUGGAAUACGAGAUCUUUCGGGCCUUCGCGAACGAUCUUGAGAUUCUGAACCACGCGCUCAACUUCUACCUGUACAUCGUCUGCAGCAAACCCAUUCGGGCGGCCAUCCGGGAACACUUCCAGGUCUACCGCCGCUCGUGGGAGGAGUCUCAUGUGUCGAAGGCGCUGGUGCUGCUCACAAGCGACAGGUCCGGAGUCUUUUCGCCCACGUCGGCCACCCACGCCGACGCGGCCGCCGCGGGACGAGGCGACGACGGCGGGAGGUUCAACCGGAGCAGAGAGACGGCCUUGUCCAAGGGGACUGGACCUAGCGACUUUGAGUCAACGUCAGAAGCUUCUCACUGCGACGACCCUCUCGCAAAGGAGAUAAUGUCCGCGAGCCUUGAAGACAACAUACAAACACGUCCUGAGCGUCCCCAGCCCAGCGAGACAAGACCAGUGACCAAGGACCGCUACGAUGCUCCGGUAGUUUAUCAAAGAAACGGCAGCGUCCCCAAAAGUCGAAAUCAGCUGCAGACAGUCGUGCACACAGUCGAGAUACACCACGCGCGGGAGAGCUCGUCGCCGCAGUGGCGGUCAGGAGUCGCCGUUGGCCAGGUCAACGCUGCUUUCGAGGACAGCGACGCAUCGUCGACAGGAAGCAGCAACAGCACCCUCAGUAAUGCGCCUGUGGUUGCAAGUGCUUGCGAAGCGCCGGUGGUGAACGGCCAGGUACUGCCUGCAAGGACUUUCCCGGAAGUGUUGAUAUAAAAGCUUCAUAAUUCGAAAUUAUUUUGUAAUCUGAAACGACCUCAUUUUUAGAAGUGUUCAGCUGGUUCUCAGCCUUACACUGUUGCUCUCGCUUUUAGAGCUCACCACUAAAUAUGUAAUCAGUGUUGUGCUGUGAUCUAAACUACAAGCCUGGCAAUGAUUUGAUAGAACAAAACCAAAGCAUUCUACAGUCCUAUUCAUCACAUAUGACGCCUUAUUUUUUUAACUCAAACGUGAUAUUAAAUGGAAAUACGAGACUAUCAACCAAACUCUCCAGAUGAGUGGCUGAAAUUAUGAGAUAAGUAAUCUUCCGAAACUUCUCUCUGAGAAAGGGAAAUAUCCAGUAAUGCACGGUAUAG